AUGUCGAAACGAAAAUUCGAAAGUGGAGCUUCAAAAAGAAAAAGAAUGGAUCAAGAUUUGUUAAUUAAAUGUGCCUGCGAUAAAACACAAAAAAAGUUAAAUUUUUAUUUAGCAAAAAAUACCGAUGUUCUUGGUACAAAUAAACAGUGUAAAGUAGAAAGUUUACCCCUAGAAGAACAACACCAUGGAGAUAAUUCUGAUUUGAAUUUGUUUACAAGACCUUCCACAGCUAAUUUUGCAAAGUACUGGUUAUUUUAUCCCAAUCAACCAAAAAUUGGUGUAUCAUUUGCAUAUAAAAAAACUUAUUUUCGAAUUGAUGGAGAAAAUCGUAAAUGGGUGUCGUAUAGAUCCAUUUAUAAAUCUCUAUUUUAUUGUAUUUGCCUUUGUUAUGGUGACGGAUCCAGAUCCAGACAAUUCUCUAAAGGAUUUAUUGACUGGAAACAUGUGUAUACUCGAAUAAAUGAACAUGAAAAUUCAAAAACCCAUAGAUUAAAUGUAGAUGCUCAUGUUAUGAAAAAACAAUUUUCAUUAAUUGAUUCAUCAUUAACUUAUGGCCAUAACCACGGUAAUUUCUUGGAAAUGAUUUUACUAGUGGGCAAGUAUGAUCCAGUACUCAAAGCUCAUUUAGAUAAAGCAAUUAAAAAUAGUAUAAAAAGUCAUGAUUCUGGUUCCAAACAAGGAGAGAUCAUUAAAGCUGGAAUGUACUCUGUACAACUUGAUACUACUCAAGAUGUCUCUGUGAUUGACAAAUGCUCGGUUAUUAUAAGAUAUGUAAACGGUACUUCUGUAAAGGAGCGAUUAGUUGGCAUGAUAAAAUGCAAGUCAAGCAAAGGGAUAGACUUUAUUGAUUUAGUCUUAAAAGUUUUUCAUAACCUGAACAUAAAAGCAAAUAACUGUGUAGGCAAUGCAACUGAUGGAGCUGCAAAUAUGCAGGGCCAAUGUAAUGGUUUUUUUGUAAAACUAAGUGAUGUAGCAGCUAAACAAAUACAUGUAUGGUGCUAUGCGCAUGUAUUGAAUUUGGUAAUAGGUGAUAUUACUCUUAAAGUAUUACAAUCUAUUACUUUAUUUGGAAUUUUAAAUGGGUGUGCAUUCUUCAUACGCGAAUCACACACCCGUAUGGAUGUUUGGACAACUAUGAAUUCCAGAAAAAGAGUUUGUACUAUUGGUGAAACUAGAUGGUGGUCAAAAGAUGCUUCUUUAACCAAGGAAUUAUGUACGAAGACUUUCGAAAUGAAUAUAUAG